AUGAAUUCGACUGGUGAUGUUUACCAGGAAAUAGCGACUGUGUUUGAAGCGCUCGAGGAGAAUCCAUAUGACCGGGACAACCACGCCAAACUUGUUGCCCUCUUGCGCCACAGCAAGGCCACUAUGCUCGAGGAGCUUACCAAUGCGCGCAAAACCAUGGCUGAGACGUUUGCGUUGACAAACUCGGAGUACUAUGGGUGGAUUGAGGACUCGGGACUUGUGGAAGACGAGUUUGCCCGGCUUUCAGAGCUCAGAGAGGUGUACACACGGAUGGUGGCCGAUAACCCGUCGUGCACGAACUGGUACCAGUACUUGCUGUUUGCAGUGGAAGCGUACGAGGCGCACCGGAAUGCGAAUGAAAUCCACGAGGCGGUGUUUGCUGAGAGCGAUAUCAUGGCGUUGUUAGAGCAGGGCGUCCGGGAAACAGCGUACGCAUACCAGAGCUCCAUUGUGUGGGAGUUGUGUUACAGCUUCUAUAGCACAAAAUUCCAAGGGCCCGGUGGUUUUGAAACGUUGAAAAAGUUCCUUCUUGCGAGACUCGCCGUGCCCCAUGCCUCCAUCGACUCCACCUUUUCCAUGCUCUCGCAGUUGGUGUCCCGGUAUAACAACGCCAAGUACGAGGGGGAGAUGCGGGCCGCAAGCAAGAUUGUGAGUGAGUGCAAGAAGCGCACGAGCUACUUUGAAACCAGAGAGCUUGAGCUCAGGACCCAGGAUACCGUUUCCCCCGAUACAUGGAUUCGGUACUUGGCCAUGGAGAGCAAGCGACCAGCCAAGUUCCGCAACCCACAGUUUAUCGCCUCCAUUUUUGCGCGUGCCAUCGACGACAAGGUGAACGAUUCCAGCUACAUUCCCGUCUGGAGGGCGUAUCUUGCCAUAUUGUACGAGCACCAGGCCAGCGAUGUGGACACCGUUUUAGCCAAGUUCAUCCGCUACCAUCCUGACAGCGCUGUAGCCUUUGCGGAGUCUAUUUCACACCUUGACUACAUGGACUUCGCCAGCAUUAACGGUUUUAAAGCCAUGCGCGGCCGGAUAGGAACGGUGGAUUUGCUCCACAGAGCAGCUCCCGAGGACUGGAAAGUGCUUGCCAUGGUGUUGGUGACGUACGAGUUCAAGGCGGUGAAGAACGGAAAUUUGGACAUGAUCACAGAGUUGUACACCGAUAUCGAGAACUACGCCACCUAUGCCAUUGACAACACCGAAGACGCACUCCAUUCGGUGGAAAAGCUCUGCGUCGCGGUGUACGUGGAGCUCGAAGACUUACCUCUGGGGCGGAGGAUCAUUGAGCAGCUUCUCUCGAAACACAAGACCCAGGUGGAGAACUGGUUGUUUGCAUUGGAUUAUGAGAGACAGUAUGGGUCGCCAACAGAGAUCUCUGCUUUGUUUGAGCGGGCAUGUCUGUUGCUUACGAUUGUCGAUUGGCCAGAGCGUAUCAUUGACGAAUGGUUGCGGUACGAACAACUACACGGAACACCGUUUUCCUACCAGACUGCCUGCAUCAAGAGUCAGAGGAAGAUGCACACCGUUAAUGUGACGAGAUACGAGCUUCAGUUGGCACAGGAACAGCGGCAACAGGAACAGAUGGAACAGCAGCUCAGCGCUGUGUCAGUGUCUAGCACCAAGAGGAGGAGAAGCGAAGACGAAGGGCCAGCACUGCAUAGUCAAGAAAGCAAGAAGGACAAGCAGCACCAUAACAGCGAUGAACCUCCAAAGCGUGACAGAGAACAUUUGUGCGUAUUGGUAGCAAACCUUCCUGCCAAUAUCUCCAAGCCGGUAGUGUCGGCAUUUUUCAGAGACUGCGGAGAGAUCAAGGACUUGACUCUUGUUCAAGGAGAAGGCUCCUUAUUUGCAAAGGUGGAAUUUACUGACGAGAGGUCGGUGCUUGCUGCGCUCACCAAGAACUUGAAACGCAUGGAGGGCGCUGAGCUCGACGUCAAAAGGUGUCUCUACAACACGAUCUGGGUCACCAACUUUCCCCCAGAAUUCAGCCAGGAGAGGCUAGAGGAAUUGUUUGGCGUGUUUGGCACAAUUAUGUCCAUUCGCUUACCGUCGUUGAAGUUUAAUUCCAAUCGCCGGUUCUGCUAUGUGGAAUACCUCCUUCCGUCUAGUGCCACGAAUGCCACAAGCCAGCUACACGGACGGACCAUUGAUGACCACAAGUUGGUGGUGAAGAUAUCCAAUCCAAAGGAGAAGCAAACGGUUGAUAAAGAGAGGAGGUCAGUGAUCGUGAAGAAUCUUGACUUUAGGGUCUCGGAGGAAACCUUGCGGGCACAUUUUGCAGAGUACGGUGAAAUUGAAAAAAUCACCUUGCCAAAUAGCUCUCAACACCCACAGAGCGACCGAAAGAACGAUGGGUACGGGUUUAUCAAGUUUGCCGACGAGAUCUCGGCCCUUAAUGCGAUGGCUCAUGAUCAGUUUGGACUUGCCGGCCGUCCAAUCUCUGUCUCUAUGGCAGACGCCAGCUUCAAGACCAAGCAAAAGGCUCCUCCUGCCUCGACUCAUAGCGACAACAGGUCGGCAACGAUUAGCAUUUUAAACAUCCCUGACACAAUCAGAGAGGCUCAAAUCAGACAGUUUUUCUCCACCAUUGGUCCUGUGGCGGGGGUGACACUCAAACCGGAGUUUGGUGGGGCUCUUGUUGAAUACGAAACGGUGCUGGGGGCUGGAAAGGCAUCCAUGCAGUUAAACGGGCAGAUCUUCGAAGGGAUCGCGUUGAAGCUCGGAACUCCGAAGGAAUUGACGCAGAACGUGGCUUUGCCGACGUCGGCAAAGCCAAAGUUUUUGGUACCGCUGAAUCUUCGCAGACGUAAGGCGCUCCCUCAGUCCGGGGAGAAGUCGGCUUCGGGGGACCCGCCAAAGUCCAAUGAGGACUUUAAGAAGAUGUUUCUUGGGAAAUAA